CAUUGUAGACUCUACAAUGUAGAGUAAAGCGCUUUGCUUGGGGAAAGAGGUUAACGUGUCUGAGGUGAGGUUACUCGGAUAGCUAGCCAACAGAAACUGGACCAGCGUUUUAAAUACACGAAUAUUGUACCGUAUGAACAGUUCAAAGCCGCUUCUACGCGAAAACAUCGUUGGAUUGUGGAUAUACUGCACAAUCGCGGACGUUGAAUCGUCGAGAGAGAGGUGAGCUUCCAAAGCUCAUUGACCGACAGACAGCAGAACACACGGCCGGUGACGCCGAUGGGGUAACCUAGCGCUAACGCUAACCCUGGUUUACAUCCGCGCUCUGUGCUCUUACGACCCGAACGCGAACGCUGAAGCUAGCUCUCAGAAACUACUACUUCAACUUAGCGACCAGCUGGCGGGAGAAAUGCCAAGAGGUGGAAGCUUCAACGAGGGAGAGGAAGAGGAAGAGGGAGACGAGGUGAUGGACUCUUCAUCGGUGCCAGGAGGAGGAGGAGGAGGAGGAAGAGGAGGCGGUGAAUGCCCGGAGCGGGUCCUGGGGGAUGAGGAGAUGUUUGCCCCCGGGAUCGAGAGCGCGGUUGUCAGGAGCAAGGAGGCGGGGCAGAGCGAUGGGGCGGAGUCUUCCUCCAAUCACAGCUCUCAGAGUGCGACUGAGCUGGACUGCAGCACCAGGUCAAAGCUCCGCCCUCAUGCUGUCAGUAGCCACACAGAGAGCAGCGGAAGCAGCGAGCAGCCGGGGCAGGAGCGGGCGCAGUCGCACAGGCAGAUCAUGAGGGCGAUGAGGGAGAUGAAGAAGAGCAUGCCCUCCGAGAGGAAGGGCCACCGCAAGACCCGGACCGUCGACGCGCUUCGCUACGCGCUGAGCUGCGUCAAACGCGUGCAGGCGAGCACCGAGUACCACCAGCUGCUCCUGGGGAACCUCAAGGAGGAGAGAUCGGUCAGCCCGACCGUGUGCAGCCUGGAGGAGCUGGAGAGGGUGGCCUCCGAACACACGCUCAAAAACACGGACACGUUCGCGGUGGUGUUCUCGCUGACCAGCGGGCGGGUGCUCUACGUGUCAGAGCAGGCCUCCAGCAUCCUGGGCCUGAAGAGCAGCUUCCUGACCUCCGUGCGCUUCGUGGAGCUGCUCUACCAGCAGGACGUCAACGUCUUCUACUCCCACACCGGCCAGGCCCACCUGCCCCCCUGGGUCACCGGGCCCCACCACAAAGCCGAGCUGUACGAGAGCAACUGGGUCAAGUCCUUCUUCUGUCGCCUCAGGGGGGGCAAGGACAGCGACGGGGAGGUGCGCUACAGCCCGUUCCGCAUCACGCCGUACCUCCUGCAGCUCCGCGGGGGCCAGGAGGAGCAGGACCUCCAGCCCUGCUGCCUGGCGCUGGCUGAGCGUGUGCACUCAGGAUACGAAGCUCCCAGAAUCCCGUUGGAGAAGCGCAUUUUCACCACCACGCACUCCCCCGGCUGUGCCUUCAUGGAGGUGGACGACCGUGCCGUGCCGUUGCUCGGAUACCUCCCUCACGAUCUGAUUGGCUCCUCAGUGCUGGCCUGUCUCCACCCAGAAGAUCGGCCACUCAUGCUGUCCCUGCACCAUAAAAUUCUGAAGUACGCGGGCCAGCGGCCGUUUGAGUACUCCCCCCUGCGCCUGCGCUGUCAGAACGGCGACUACGUCACGCUGGACACCAGCUGGUCCAGCUUCAUCAACCCCUGGAGCCGCAAGGUGGCUUUCGUCAUCGGGAGGCACAAAGUCCGCACGGGGCCGCUGAACGAGGACGUGUUCGCCAAGCAGAGCAGCGUGGACCCAGGGGUGCCCGAGGAGAUCCAGGAGUUACAGACGCAGAUCUACCGGCUGUUCCUCCAGCCGGUGUAUAAUAAAGGCUCCAGUGGUUAUGGCAGUAUGGGGAGUAAUGGCUCCCAUGAGCAGUACGUCAGCAUGUCCUCCAGCGACAGCAACGGGAACCAGUGGGAGGAGCGAGAGCCGAGGAAGCUUGGGCAGGUAUGCUCAGACAUCCAUAAGAGCUGGGGUCAGCGGGGCUGCAAGCUCCCCCCCACCGGCCGGUGUCUCACAGCAGGGCCCACAGCUCCUCCUCCUGCCUCCCGGCCAAUGGAGAGUGGAGUUGGCCUCAGUCCCCCGCACAAAGAUUCCAGGAAGCAGCACCACAUUCCAUCCUACCAGCAAAUCAACUGCGUGGACAGCAUCAUCAGGUACCUGGAGAGCUACACUGUCCCGCCGCAGAAGAGGAAGAGUGAAGCGUGGCCCAUGGCCUCUUCCUCGUCCUCUGAGGAAGAGCAGACUCGCGGGUGUGCGAUGGUGGUGGGCCGCCCCCUGCCCCCGCCCCCCCCGGCCAGGAGCGUCACCAGCCAGUGCAGCUACAGCAGCACCAUCGUACACGUGCCCCAGCCUGAGUCCGAAGUGACAGCGCUGGAGGACGCACCAAUGAGCAGCGAGCCGGCUGCCCCGGCCCCGCCCCCGGCCCCGGCGGCCCGCCCCCAGCCCAGCGCGCGCAGCCUGACCAAGGAGCUGCUGUCGGCGCACACGCAGCGCGAGGAGCAGGAGUACGUGGGCCGCCUGCGACACCGCAUCCUGCGCAGCCCCUACCGCGGCUACCUGCAGCACCACGGCAGCAGCCCCGGCCAAUCACAGCAACACGGUAACCACGGCGAGCAGGAAGUGGGCGGGGCCUGCCGCAGGAAGUUGCGUGUGCGUGAGCCGACGCUGAAGCGCCGGCGUGAGCAGUGGUCGUCGGACAGCUACACCCCCCCGCCCGAGGGGCCGCGCGCGGACCCCUCCCCACUCCACCCCGGGGUCCCCUCCGAAACCUACACCCCCUCCGCCCCGCUCUACCCCGCCCCCCUGCCCUACCAGGGCUUCCAGGCCCCCCCCAGCGCCGGGGGGGUGCUCCCGACGCCCGGGGCGGGGCCCUACAUGCCCCCCAUGAUGGCCGUCGUUCUGCCCAACUUUCCCCCCUACCCCGUGUACCCACAGGGGGCGGGGCUGAUGGCUCCCAGCGCGCCCUACUUCAUUCCACCCUUCAGCCAAUCGGGAUUUGGCCCCACCUUUCCUGGAUUUGGCCCCUCCCCCUCUUUCCCUGCGUUCCCUGGCCCCGCCCUCGUCCCCCAGGCGCCGCCCCCCGCCCCCGUCCCGGCCCCGGCCGCGGCCCCGCCCGCCCCCUCCCCCGCCCUCUCCACCGAGGUGGACCCCACCUCCCAGCUGUUCUCCAGCUCCAGGUCCAGCUCCCCGCUUCAGCUCAACCUCCUGCAGGAGGAGCUGCCCAAACCCGCCCAGCCCCCGGGGCCCCCGGGAGGCGCGGAGAUCCGGGAGGAGGCGCACCGCAAGGGGGAGGAAGUUCUGAGUGACUCUGGGAACCAUGACAACCAGUCCACCUCCAGCGAGGUUAUGGAGCUGCUGCUCCAGGAGGAUGCCCACUCCAGAACCGGGUCCAACGCCUCGGGGAGUCGCUCCGGGGAGUCCGGCGGGUCGCUCGGCGCCGGGUCCAACGGCACCUCCACCAGCAACACAGGGAGCGGGGACAGCAGCCUGUACUUCGGCUCCAGCGACUCCUCGCACACGUCCCCCCCGGCCAGCAGGGGGCAGUCUCACGGCGAGCAGGUGGCGCAGGACCGGGCCAACUUCGAGCGCUGUGUGGGGAACUCGCUCUGGAGCCUGAUCCAGCGCACGCCGGAGCCCGUGAUGAUGACCUAUCAGAUCGCCCCCAGGGACCAGGCGGAGGUUCUGCGGGAGGACCGGGAGAAGCUGCUCCUCCUCGCUCCCAUGCAGCCCGUGUUCACCAAGGCGCAGAGGGAGGAGCUGGAGGAGGUGCACUCCUGGAUGAAAGAGCACAGCCUGCCACAGGAGAUCAACACACAGGGCUGCCUGACCUGCGAGCCCACCCCCUCCCCCGCCUCCCCCUGCCCCCCGCAGGACCCCUCCCUCGACACCUGAGACUCCACCCCCGAGGGGCGGGGCUGCCGCCGCGGCCAAUGGGCCGACAGGGAGGCGGAGCCAGGGUGCAAGUGUGGCGCUCCGGACGUCAGUGGGACGUCCCACACGCGCGCGCAGGGCGUGUCCGUUAGCGACCGCGAAACCGACCAAUUGCAGUCACAGGACGGCAGGAAAGGCCCGGGUCCAAACCGGACGGACUUCCACAGCGAAGACGCCAGAGAAUCCUGCUCAGGACCGUUCUUAUUUCUGCUGCUCGUUUACCCAGCGGGCCGAACCGCAGCUGCCCGUCAGGACAUGGACCUUAGCGGCAGCUCGGUCUGAACGAGUCGCUCACUCGUUCAUUUAAACACGAGUCCCUGUUUCUUCCGCCAUUUUGAAUGUAUUCAUUUACACGCUUUUCUUAUUUUCCGCUGAGACUCCUGUCCUGUCUGGGCGUUGUCUCCGCUGAUUUGGGCUGAGCCGGGUCAGGUGGGCGCUGGCUCAGGUGGGUGCGGCUCAGGUAGACCACCUCAAACACGCGGUCGCCUUUCCUGCCACGCCCAUUACCCCCUCAUACGCCCUCACACAUACCACUUCACCAUCCUGUACAUUUGACACGUUAAACUAUAAUUUAACUGCUCUUUUUUUAAUUUUUUAUAUUGUGUAUUUAUUUUUGGUGUGAUGGAAAGCGUGCUGGCCGGUGUUGGAUCAUUGUCUUUGGGCAGUGUUGAUCCUGAGCCAGACAGGAAUGGCCUGUUUCUACUGGGACUAUAAUGAUAAACUAUAAAUCCUCCACUAGUGUCCACGCCAGAGAAUCCAUUUUUUGUGUAUAUAUUUUUCUAGUCCACACACAUUCUUGUUUCAUAGGUACAGUCAGUCCAAGGCAGUGAUUGGCUAGAUGUUUGAUCACUGAAGAUUGCUCUGAGAGAGAUUCGAUCCGUAAUUGUUAUCAUCCUGGAUAAAUUAUUUGAAAUUUACUGUGUCGAUUCGUAAAUAUUCGUUGAAUAUUUUAUGUCAACUAUACAUGCCUCGAUUUGAGCGUUGUUUAUAAUUGUAUAGUUGCAGUUAUGGUUUCCUAUGGAAACAGGCCAUAGUCCGGGUGGUACAGGCUGAAAGCACAGUCGACGUUACGUUUGAAACACUCUUUCCCCGUUAAACAGCCCUGGAGAGCUUCCGCGGAACAGAAACCGCAGUAAACAUGCUUUCGGCUCACAGAUGUUCUCUCAUGAACCCCCGCAUCGCUCUGUCGCUAAUGCGGAUCUUGCCGGGCCAACAUAGCGGCCCGCGUUUAAAUAUUUCUCAUCUUCCGAUAAUCAGCGAGACGUUUUCCCCUCCUCCGUCUGAGGGCUACCAUCAUUACAUCAUCCCCCUCUCCAUCUGCAUGUCCCCCGCCAAGGGAUCAUGGGACCGUUCAUUGGCCAGUCCCAGUCUGUAGUUGCGAGUGGCUACGAGUGGCUAUGGGGUGGUUUCGUGAACUACAACGGGCACAAGGCUGCAGUGCGCUGUCGGUCACCAAUCGGAUCGUGUUCCACGGCGAAAUGCUGUUCGGUCAUCACUCACGCCCGCAGACACUGCAGCACUCCAGUACAGAACUGCUGUUUCGUAGUUUGUCUUUAAUGACGGGGGACUUCAGUGAGGAUUUUGUAAGUGCUUCUAUGUCUUGUAACUGUGCUGAACGUGUUUUGUAAAUUUAAGUACACUUGUACGUCAUCGGACGAGGUAUGGUUCCUGGAGAACAUUCUGCACCUGUCUGCUGGUCACCUGGACUCCUGGACACGGCCACAGAAGUCCGUUUGCAACUGCAGUAUUUACACAACAGCCUUUCUUAUGAAGGCCGAAGAGCACUGUGACCAGCAGUGUGUAAAUAGUCGUACGGCUUCCUGUUCUGAAAACACUUGUGAUACCAUGAAAACUGAAUAAAAUACAAAAGUGCUUCUC